AUGAUUGAACAAUCUAUAGAAGAGGAAAAAAUCAUAUGCUGUAUAGGCUAUAUAAAUGGAAAGAUAACUUCUAAAAACUUUACUACCUCAUUAUGCUUUGCAUCAAUAUAAAAAUAUCUUUAAGAGCAACAACAUAGAUUUAAAAGCAUUAAAUGUGUCUCUAUUUAUACUCCAAAAAAGGAGCAAUAGUAGAUUGGUUUAGAUACCAUUGAUGAUGUUAAGGAAAAAAUAAAAGAGAUACAGAAAUCUAUUGAUCAUAAUUAUUUGAAUAUACCUCAACACCUGAAAGAAGAGAGAUAUAGAGUAAACUAUAAAAGCUUAAAUUUUUAGGAAGGUUAAUAGUCUUUGGAUAAUGAUGAUGAUAGCAAUUUACUUGGUAGUGAAUAUUAGUUUUUAAAAAACUUUAUUACAAAAGAAAAUGAUGAUAUUCAUCUGAAGGAAGAAAUGGCUAGCUUUAAUAAAAUAGAAAGCUUUUGUUAAAAUGUAUUAAAGAACUCUAAAAAUGAGUCUAAAAUAAAUACUGUAAACUAAUAAAAAGAUUAGUAUGCAAGGAUAAAUAGCUGGAUUAUAAUUUUAAGUGGAACGGAAUAGGAUUUAGAAGUUCUGAACGAUUCAAAGAUUGAUGUAAAGACAAAACAUGAAAAAUAUUACUUCUUUUUAAAAACAAAACAUAAUGACAACGAAAAAAAAAAUUAUUUGAAAAUUUGUACUGAUGAAUUAUCGAAUUAUGCUAAGGAAUAGAUGAAUUUUGUAAAUAUAAAAUUGCUUCAAGUUAGUUUAGGGAUAUUUGAAUUAUACGGCGGUGCUUUAUACUACAAUUGUUAGUUUUAAUUUGAAGAAAACAUAGACUAUGUAAACACAAUCAGCAUCUAUAUGUAAAAUGAUGAAUCAGAGAGCAAGUAAAAAUAGUAAUCGGUAUCUAUUGUGUUAGCAUAUAAUGAUUAUUAGCUAAAAAUUGAGUUUCCAUAUUUAUAUUGCAAUGAAAUAAGAUUUGAUUAAAGAGGUAAAAAUAUGUAUUACUUUUAAUUAGUUGUUCCUCCUAAAUAUUUUGUCAGAGAAAAUUCAGCUAAUAUUUAAGAAAACUUGGAUUAAAAAAAGAACACUUGGAUUAGAGUAGAUAACUUCUUUGCUCAUGACAUCAGUAAUGAGCUUAAAAGAAUAGAAUUUGUAAACAAUACAGUUAUUUGUAUUGAGAUAGAAAAUGAAACAGUCAAUACAUUCUAAACGAUACUUAAAAAUUCUUUUUCAAACGUGUUUAAAGAUACAGACCCUAUUCCUAUUUCAAAUGUGUCACAACAUUUUCCUUAAGAACCUGAAAAUGAUUUAGACUAAUAAUGGGAAAGACUUCUAAAUAGAUAUUCAUUCAAUUUAAGCUAUUCGAUCUUAACACUAAUAUCUCACAAUAAACUAAGUGUCGUCAAAUUAAGAGAAUUUCUUGACUAUAUAGAUCUUUAAAUAAGAGAUGGUAAAUCAGAGUAUAUAUUAGAAAAAGGAAUUUAGUAUUAUUACAACUAAAAGAAAGAAAUUAAUCGCCUCAAUUUUACAGCUUUCUAAAUACUUUUCUAGGACGUGUAAAGAUAAGAAAAUUACUUCAAAAUUUAAGAGAUCAGAGCUAAAAGAGAUGUCAAAGUUAUCGCAACAAGAAGGGUAAGUAUUACUCCUAGUGGAUUGAUUUAUAACUUAAAAGAAUUAGAACUGUCAAAUAGAGUUUUGAGAAUUUUUUAAGACUCAACUGAUUCAUUUAUAAGAGGAACAUUUUAAGAUGAUUCCUUAGAAAAUGCAAAGCAUAUGAAGUAUGUCUCAAGAUAUUUCAGGUAAAAGCUUAAAUCCUUUAAAGUUUUAAACUGGGAAUUUAUUAAUUUUGGAUGGAGUGCUUCUCAACUUAGGAACUCAUCAUCUUGGUUCUUUCAUGAAACUGAAGUUCUCAAAAAAUAAGAUGUAAUUACAAGAAUUGGUGAUUUUUCAGGUAUUAAUCCUCCAGCUAAAAAAUCUGCUAGAAUUGGAUAAUGUUUUAGCUCAAGUACUCCCUAUAUCUUGAAAGAAAGACCUAACAUAGAAUUCAUUGAUGAUAUUACUACACCCUCAGCAGUUUAAGAAGUUGAUGCUAAUGGAAAUAUUUGCUACUUUAGAUAAAAGAAAAAAGUUUUUACAGAUGGUAUUGGAACUAUUUCAUAAGAUCUUAUAAGAAAAAUAUCAGAUCAUCUUAAUGCCUUUUUUAUGUGUGCUAUAUAAGUAAGAUAUGGAGGAGCUAAAGGAGUGUUGACAAUUGAUUAUAAAAGUGAUAAAAAAAAUACAAUAUAGUUGAGAGAAAGUAUGAUAAAAUAUAAAAUUACAGAUGAAUAAGACGAAUUAAUAAUUGAUAUUCUAGAUAGAAACAAAUAUAGAUUUGGAUAUUUGAAUAGGUAAGUCAUUAUCUUACUUAGAUCACUAGGUAUUGAAAACGAAUAAUUCAUCUAAGCUCAGCAAGAAUACAUAGAAGAGUUAAAUAAGUCAGCAUUGAAAGAUGCAAGUAUAUUUACACUUUUUAACACAGAUUAUUCAAAGGAUGGAACAAGAUUAUUUCCAAUCACCCAUCUUCUAAGAAGUAUGUAGACAAGUAGGAUUGAUAUGGCCUAAGAUAUAUUCUGUAAAGGAGUUAUUCAUACCCUCAAAAAAAGAGGUUUUUAUAUUCUGAGAAAGAAGAGUAACAUUUUUCUUAAAAAGAGUGCAAGAUUGAUGGGUGUUAUAGAUGAAUAUAAUGUGUUAGAACAAGAUGAAGUUUUUGCAUAUAUAAGUUAGGAUUCAGAAAAAUCUUUCUUUUAAGUUGAGGGAGAUGUAAUUGUAGUUAAAAACCCAUGUUUACAUCCUGGUGAUAUUAGAAAAUUAAAAGCUGUUACUUUGGAAACUAUUUCGUAAAGAUUAGGAGAAGGAAAAAUAAAUCCUUUUAAAAAAUUAAGGAACAUCCUAAUAUUCCCUUAAAAAGGUAAAGAGCCUAUCACUUCAUAAAUAGCAGGUUCCGAUUUGGAUGGUGAUUGCUAUUUUAUUUGCUGGGAUUAAAGAUUUAUUCCCUUGGAAUAGAAAGAACCUUUUAACUAUGAUGAAGAUGAUAAUAGUUAAAAAAAAUAAAUCUCAUAAGAACAGUAUGAUAUAGAAAUCUCUAAAAAGCCUAAUACUUAGUUUAAAACUAAAAAUCCUGUACGAGAAGUGAUUGAUGAUAAUGAAUAAAUGCUAGACUUUUUUAUAGAUUUUAUAAAUAAUGAAAAUCUUGGUAAAAUAGAUAAUUCUCAUUUAGUCUUUGCAGAUAAAAGUCCAUUAUACGCUGAAGACCCUAAAUGUUUAAAGUUGGCAUCACUACAUGCAUAAGCUGUAGAUUAUGCAAAAACAGGUAUUUCUCCUUAAUUACCAAAAAACCUUGCAAUAAAAGAGUACCCUGAUUUUAUGGAAAAAGAUGACAAACCAUCUUAUUAAUCAUAAAGCAUUUUAGGUAUUUUAUAUAGACAAGUAAAAGACCAGUAUGAAAAACACUGUAAAAACGAUAUAGAAGGAGAUAGAUCUUAAACUUUUAUUGAUAAUAAUUUAAUAUUCAAUCCGCCUACAUUUGUUAACGAAAUUGUAGAUGAGUAAGAAAAUAAAACUUAUCUUGAAUAGGAAAUUGAUUUCGCUAUUGAAGCAAAUAAUCAAUGGAAUAUAGAAAUAAAUAAUCUCAAGCAAUUCUUUGGUGCUCAAAAUGAGUUUGAAAUUUACACAGGUAAUUUUUCCAAACUCAUAAAAGUAGAGAGGAAAAAAAAGAUGAGUGCAGAAAUAGUAUAGCAAAGAAUCUUGUCUACAUUAUUAGCAAUAAAAAAUAGGUUUGAGCUUUUGUUCUUUAAAAAUUUAGAUGAAGAUAGAGAUAGAUUUUAUGAUGAAACAAACAGAAAAAAAUAUUAUAGUAAAAAAUGUAAAAUAAGAGCUACUUUAUGGUAUAUCAUAUGCUACUUAAGAAAACCUGAACAUAUUGUUUAAUAUGCAGUAAACUUUGAGAAAGAUUCUUUACUAGGACAGACUUUCACUUUUUUGAGUCAAUAAAAAUAUUUUGGAGAAACAAUCAUAAGAGGAAAUAGAAAUCCAAAAACUAUUCAAUUCUUCAAUGAAAAUAAUGAUUAUGUUGGCUUAUCAUGGUUUAUAAUUAGUAAUGUCCUGUUAGAAAUAAAGAAAGAUAAUGAUAACUAUAAAAUGAAUGAAUAAAAAUAAUAAAAAAGUGAAUAAUAAAUAAAGGAAUUUGAAGAUUAUAAAAAAAAAUUCUAUUAAAAUGAUUUAAAUGGAUACCAUUCUGACGAAUAUUUAUGA